UGACAACAAAAAAUGAAAACAUUCGGAGCUUUAUUCAAGACAACGAACUUGCCAAUAGUCGAGUUGAAAAUGUUCUAUAGAUUAUUCUGCAAUACGAGCGAACUAUAAGUGAAUGAAAUGAUUUAUGCUAACAGCAGGCCAGAAGCCAAAUAUCAACUAGGAGUAGUAGUUUUCAGGACGUUUGAUUAAUAAUGUAGUAUGUUCAGUUUUGUAUUUUUACAUACACAAAUCUGUGCUUUUACGCUAGCGAACUUCCGUCAUCAGAUAUUUAAUGUCUGCACCGUUUAUGCUGAUGGUAGCAUUGCUUUCAGGACGGUAUAUAGUCGUGUUUCUUUCCUAGAAGCCAUGUCUACCGUUUUUUGUUCGCGUUGCGUCGUGUAUAUUCUUUUUUCUUAUCUAUCUUCUUUCUCUUACUACGUCAAUCGACACUACUUGUGCCAUCCUUUCCACUGAGAAGAUGAACCAAAACCAGUGUACAGUGGAAAAUGGUGAAAGAGAUUGCUUGCGCUUCUAUUCGGAUCUAGACUAGUUCGACUUCAGGUGAACGUCGCUAGAGAGCUGAUGAACAAUGAGUGAGAAACCAGAAUACUAUCUUGGGUUGGACCUAAGCACUCAGCAGUUGAAAGCUGUUAUCGUCGAAGCAAUUUUGGAUUUCUCGACAGGACCACCACACUUUCCUAGGAUUAAAAUCGUGUGUAAAGAAGAAGAACAUGUUGCUUUCGAUCGGCUUGGAUAUGGUACUAAUUCAGGUGCCCUUUGUAAAGGGCCACACGAAGUGGUUGCUCCCACAAGGAUGUGGGUCGACGCUUUAGAUACUAUCCUAGAUAGAUUACGGCUAAAGGCGGAUUUCAGUCGGAUCGUCUGUAUUGGUGGUUGUGCUCAGCAACAUGGCACCGUUUACUGGAAAGAUCCAUCAACGCUUCGUGAAAUGAACCCACUCAAAUCUCUGCAGGAGAAUCUAAAAGAAGCAUUUUCAAUCGAAAACUCUCCCAUUUGGAUGGAUUCCUCGACGACGAGCGAGUGUCGCGAAAUGGAAACUGCGGUCGGCGGGGCCCAGGUCCUUGCAGAGUUGACAGGCUCACGCGCCUUUGAACGUUUUAGUGGACCUCAAAUUGCUAAAAUAGCUAAUGAAAAGGCUUCUGAGUAUAAUCUGACGAAGAGAAUAUCCCUUGUGUCCAGCUUUCUUAGUAGCCUUUUUGUAGGUAACAUCGCUCCAAUUGACGUAAGUGAUGGCUCUGGUAUGAACUUAAUGGAUAUCCGGACUAAUUCGUGGAACCAUACUUGUCUACGGGCUUGCUUCGCUCGAUCUCCGCCUGAAGUGCAAUAUGAAAGUGCGCAGAUUCUUUUUAAUAAACUUGGCGGUGAUGCUGGCCUUGUACCAAGCGGUGAUGACUUAGGCCCUGUCAGUAAUUAUAUGCAACGCAGAUUUGGCUUCGGCCUGCACUGCCGCGUGGCUGCAUUUACAGGUGACAAUCCAGCCUCAUUUACAAGCCUUUGUGGUAGUCCUGGCGAUAUGAUCCUGAGUUUAGGCAGCUCAGAUACACUUCUCUUUUGGGCUGAAAAAGAUCAGCCUGGUUGUCUGCAAGGUCAUUUUAUGGUAAACCCGCUAGACCCAAAGAGCCUUAUGGGAAUGCUGUGCUUCAAGAACGGUAGCCUUAUGCGUGAUAAAAUUGCCAAAGAAUUAGCUGAAGGUGAUUGGGAACGUUUUAACUGGUUACUGAAUUCUACGCCGCCGGGAAAUAAUGGAAAAGUUGGCGUAUAUUUUGAUUUUCCGGAAAUUCUACCAGAACGACAGGGAAGAUAUCGAUUUGAUAUCAGUGGCCCUGAGUCCGUUGCCAUAAAACAGCCAUUUGCUCCUGAGGACGAAGUGCGCGCCCUUGUUGAAGGUCAGUUGAUGUCAAAGCGUCUCUAUAUAGAACGUCUACAAAGUACGGAAAAGCUCAGAAAUAACGUUUCGGGCAAGUUAGUAGUUACUGGUGGUGCUUCAGCUAAUCGAACGUUGUGUCAGAUUAUUGCCGAUGUAUUCAACAUGCAAGUGUGCACGCUAGAUGAAUCUGUGAACUCGGCAGUUUUAGGCGGGGUCGCUCUUGCAUACCAUUGUGUUAAGGGGAAAUCGUUCGAGGGCAGGAGAUUGUUCCACACGGAAUCGAGAAUCGUAAAAGAACCCAAAAAUUCGGGUGUCUAUGAAAAGUUAUUACCAAAAUUUAAGCGCUGUCUCGAAUGCCAUGAUCUCCUUUAAAACUCUAGGUAUAGAGAAAAUACCUAGCUAAAAUUUGAUUUGGUUAGCGUUUAUAUCGGGUUCAUCUGAAUUAAAUCAUUCUAAUAUUAGAGUUAUUAUUUGUUAGUUUAAAGUGGAAGCGGCAAUAGAUGCGCUAGAGUAAAGUCUACUUUUAAAGUACUUCCAGAAGGCAGACAUUCCAUAUUUGAAAACAAUAUUUUUCGGAAAUAAAACGCGUAU